AUGAACGAACUGUUGCGAUCGCAGCUACGAGUGGGAGUGAACCCGGACCCGGACAACCUGUCCGUACUGUUGGCAUGGCUGUCGAGGAUAGUUCGCGGAGGUUACACCACUUCCAACGAGAAGCGUGUGAAGUUGAUGGAGCUUGCGAAGAAGUACAAGUUUUACGUCAUCGCGGACGAGGCGUACCAGCUCCUCAACUUCGAGCCAUCUGCCGUCAAGCCCCUCUUCUAUCACGACGACAAGGAUGAUCCGCGUGUCUUCUCCAUUGGGACCUUCUCGAAGCUGAUUGGUCCCGGCACGAAGAUCGCGAAGAGCGAAAAGGCAGCACCAACGAGAGGCUGGCCAAAGAAGGUGCAUGUUGGAGUGCCAUUCAAACAUGGUUCUCCUCCAGCCCAGCGGAGAGCGGCAAGUUUCGCUUUUUGCGAAUCGGCGUCUGCAACACUGACCUCGCGGGACAAGGUUGGCUGGGUGCAGGCAUAUCCUCAGCUGCUGAAGCCCCUUGCGGGUGUUGGCUUUAUCGAUAGCGGCAACAACCCUGUGAUCUUCUCCUCCAUGAACCUGCUACACUUCGUGGAGUCUGGUGCUCUUGCGAAACACAUAGACAUGGUCUCAAAGGAUUUGGGUGAGAGGUGUAAGUUUAUCUGCAAGAAGCUCCGAGACGUGGGCUUGGAGGUUUACGAGCCCAAGGGUGGCUACUUCGUUUGGGUCAAGUCCAAGGGCAAGAUGACCGGACGAAGUGGUGAGGCGAUGGCCAUCAACAAGGACAACUUCCAGGACUACAUGCGGCUUUGCUUCUGUUGGCUGACCAAGGAGCAGGUUGAGGAGGGUAUCGAGUACUUGCGGCAGUGA